GAUAUUAAAGGACGUGCCAAAUAGUGUGCUCGCUCAAAUAACGAAAUAAGAACAAAGGGUCCAUGAACACUUUUGCAAUUUAACUGUUUAUUGAACCCACAAAUUGAACUGAAAAUAAGAUAUAAUGAAAGAAACUAAAAAAUGCAUGUAGUUGGAGUUCUUAUUGGAACAGAAUCAAAGUAAAUGUCAAAAAUUAAAAGAGCCUAGCAAAUAUUAAAUCAUACAACAACAAAAAUGUGUCUGUAUUUGGGUGCUAUGGAUCAUUUAAUAGACAUUGCAGCUUAUUGUGUCUGUCGGAUUGUUGAAAUAUCCUUUGUGGUGUUUGUAAUGAUGUGUGGCGCCAAAACGAAGUUCCUGUCUACGGUCUACAGCGGCAUAAGCGGUGGAAAUAUUUGCAGAUGUUGCUCCACGGCGGAUACGUAACAAUGUUGAAAUGGAAUUUCUUUAAUAGAGCAGCAUUUUAUUACAUCAAAAAGCGCUUGUCUGUUGGGAAAGUGAAUUAAGGCAAACUCAAAAAACAAACAAAAAUCAAAAACAAAAAUUCUUUACAAACAAUUAAACUGAAAAUGGAAAAAAACUUAGAUUGACAUAUAAACUUGUAUCAUUUUUUAUGAAAUACGGUAAAUGCAAUGAAUAAAUUUUG